AAAAGAUUAAAAGGGCAUUUUAGUCUUUCAACAGCCCUAAACCCUUGCCCUUGAAUUCACCGCGGCUUCGCCCUCUCCAAUUUCAGACUCCAUUUCGGCUUUGUACCUCUCAGGCGAUUGCAGCUUCCAAAAGCUGAACAGAAUGGGUGAAAAGAAGAAGAAGGCUACCUUGUUCAUCCGACUUAUCUCAGCAGCUGGGACUGGUUUUUUCUAUGUCAAGAAGAAGCCGAGUAGGGUCCAAGAGAAGCUUGAGUUCCGGAAAUUCGACCCUCGGGUAAAUCGUCAUGUUCUAUUUACCGAGGCAAAAAUGAAAUGAGCAAGUUGUCAGUGCAAUGUGGAUUUAUUCACUGUUGUCCAUCUUUUUCCUGUAGUACUUGUAGGCACUCUGUUUAAAGGUAAAAACUUGAUUUAAUUAUUUGUGUUUUUUGUUGUAUCUUGAUGAAAGUUCACACACUCUCUCUCUAGCUGAAGUAUAAUAAGCUCAAAUUUUGAUUGCUAA